AUGAGAGAAGUACUGCAAGAAUCUGAAACAAACUUAGAGCACAAGAAAAGAAUACAAAUGCUAUUUAGACUGUUUAAUAUGAACAUAACAGAUAAUUUCAACACCAACUAUGCAAUGCUUUUAUUUAUAAAUAAUGUAUAUUACAAGAGCAUUAACAGGGUGAAAGAGAUUGAAAAAAGAUCAAACGAGAAUAUACAGCAAUUAUAUAAAUAUAACAAACUAAAAGACACUGCACAAGAUAUUUUAGGGAAGUUGGCAGAAAUAAAAGGAGUAACAAAUAAGAAAAUAUCAGAAGAGUACAACACACCGGAAUAAGUAUAGAACUAAAAAACCAAUG